CCACAGCCGAUUGUAGUUGUACAGAUUAAAUAUUGAGGUCGGAACGGCGCGGACCGGCCACAGGAUGGCCGGCGAGGCGGAAGCAGCAGAUAAUCUCCCUGAGCCGGAACACUCUCCACAAUACGAUUGGGACCUGAUAGUGAUUGGCGGGGGCUCAGGUGGUCUUGCUUGUGCAAAGGAAGCAGCGAAGUUGGGAAAGAAGGUUUGUCUUCUCGACUACGUUGUACCGUCACCUCAGGGAACGACUUGGGGUUUGGGAGGCACUUGCGUCAAUGUCGGUUGCAUCCCUAAGAAGCUCUUUCACCAGGCCGGCCUCCUCGGGGAAGGCUUCUCUGACGCGCGCAGCUACGGCUGGAAGCUGCCAGAAGGCGUGGAUCUGGACUGGGAGGCCCUUGUGAUGGGGGUUCAGAGUCACAUCGGAUCUCUCAACUGGGGCUACCGAGUGGCGCUGCGGGAUGCGUCUGUCAAGUACCUGAAUGCCAAGGGUCACUUCAUCGACCCGCACACGGUGGAGGCGGUGGAGCGCAACGGCACCAAGACCUCGCUGACGGCGGAGCGAAUUGUUAUUGCAGUGGGGGGCCGGCCAAAGUUCUUGGGUGUCCCAGGCGAUCAGGAGCUGUGCUUGACAUCGGACGACAUUUUCUCGCGCACUACCAAGCCGGGCAAGACACUGGUAGUGGGUGCAUCCUACAUUGCGCUUGAGUGCGCCGGCUUCCUGCAUGCUCUGGGCUUCCCUGUGGCCGUCAUGGCCCGAUCCAUUUUCCUGCGAGGCUUUGACCAGGAGAUUGCUGAGAUGAUUGGUCGCGACUUGGAGCGGCGGGGCGUGCGCAUCCUGCGACCUGCGGUACCGACGGCAUUUGAGCGCGACGGGGAGCAGGUCCGCUGCACCUUCAAGAACCUGGACUUUGGGCUGGAGAUGAGCGAGAGCUUCGAUACUGUGCUUCUGGCUGUUGGCCGUGAUGCCUGCACGUCGGAUCUGGGAUUGGACCGCGCGGGGGUCACCGUGGACCCGCGCAGCGGCAAGAUUCCCGUGGUGGCUGAGCAGACCAACGUCCCCUGGAUCUACGCCAUAGGAGAUGUUCUUGAGAACCGACAGGAGCUAACGCCAGUGGCCAUCAAGGCGGGUGUACGGCUGGCGCGGCGUCUGUACGGGGCUGCAACGCUGCAGAUGGACUACGACGCUGUGCCCACGACCGUCUUUACUCCGCUGGAGUACGGUUGUGUGGGCUAUAGCGAGGAGGCUGCUACGGCCAAGUACGGUGAAGACAACGUCGAGGUUUACGUUUCGUACCUCAAGCCCCUGGAGUGGACCAUGAACCACGAGGAACACAACGGUCAGCCCGUGCGGGAAGAUAACUCAGUCUACUGCAAACUGAUCACCAACAAGUCCGACAACGAACGGGUCGUGGGUGUGCACUACCUGGGCCCUAACGCUGGAGAGAUUAUUCAGGGUAUGGCGGUUGCAAUUAAAGCCGGGGCGACCAAGGCGGACUUUGACGACUGCAUCGGCAUCCACCCCACUGUGGCUGAGGAGUUCACCAUCCUGGAGGUUACCAAGCGCAGCGGCAAGUCUGCACUCAAGAAGGGCUGCUGAGGCUAAGUUACCCACUGAGAAGCCCCCGACCGGCGUCCGCAUGGCCCAUCGAGACAGAGACGCACUCAAGAUCACCAUUCCACAUAGCUUGUCAAAGCUAGGCCACCUGUGCCAAACAUGCACAGGCAAGGUGCAGUAAUUGGCGUUGCUAUGCGGAGUGCCUGUCGGCGGGUUUUUAGUGGGAUUAAACAGCUGACCAGCCAGCUUCUUUGCUCCAGCAGCUAGGUUCUGUCCGGUAGCGGCUGCAUGUUGGGUGACGUGCUUGCUGUGAAGGACAGACCCGAGCUGAGCUAGGUGCAUGAUGAAGCUGCCCUUGUACCAUACCGUGGUGUUCAAAGGGCUAGCUCGCAUGCUGUCCGUUGUCCUACAUGACGAUCGUCGUUCCAAAUACUGAGCGGGGAUCUGAAAAGGGAAGCGGCAGCCUAGUCGCCUUGCAAGUGGUAGGGAGUACCACUAGUAUUCCGUAUAGAUGUUUGUACUGAAAGAUAGAUGAUGUAAGAGGUGUUAUUAC